AUGGAUAUCGUAACGACGUCUAAUUUUCACGCGACGCUAUUACCAGGUCAUGUAAGUGUCGUGUUUAUACCAGCUAAACAUGUUCGCAAUGGCAGCUGGUCGCUGCUCAAUCUUUUGCUUUAUAGUGGCUGUAGCUUUGAUGAAAAUGAGGGCAGCUGUAUUCGGAAGGAGAAGCACGUAUGUCGCUCUAUGCAGACAGAGAUCUUUUCGAUUGGUUUAGACCGUGAGGGUGCUACAGUGUUUAUGGACCCUAGUGGCAUUGAAAUGUUUAAGCUUGCGGGCAUGGGAGACGUCAUUACCGUGGCACCGCUCUUGUGGCGAGCUAUUCAGAUCCACUUGGGACCUAUGGUGGCAGAGUUUCCAGGUGUUGUGAGUUUUCUGUCCAAGUUACUUGCAGACGAUCGCAUAAGUAUCCUCAACAUGAGCACGUACGACACAGACGUCAUAUUUGUUCAAGAGGGCGAUCUGGAAGCUGCAAUUUCGUGCUUGCAGUCUAUGCUGUCUCGAGGAUUGCACGGCUUGAAGGAGGCUAAGGACGCAGAGAGCGCGCUAUCCAACCGCCGACAGACGUCACCUACUGAUACUGCCAAAGGUAGCAACGACGCGGUGCCUCCUCGUGUCGGUGAUGGACAGUACCUCACAGUGUACCCGGAGUCCCUCGUUCUCGUGAGGCUUCAGAAGGAUGCUAUUCGAUCGAGUGCUUACGGACUCACGCAGCUUGUCCUGCUGUUCACUGGACCAGCCUCUGGAGAAGAUGGGACAGGUGGAAUGUCUUUUUGGUGCUGCUGCGAGACAGCGGAAGAGGUGAGCCUUAUCAUGGACGAGCGCCGUGUGCCAUCGUUUGAGGAAGACUCGCUGAUCGUAUCGCCAGAUCGGUGGCGCGCGAUUAAGCUUAGUGGGCGUGCGUAUGGGUUUGAUGAAACUGGUGUGGUGGCAGCCAUGUCGGGCUGCAGCACGGACACGCAGGUACUUAACGUAAGCUGCUUCGGCUCUAACAUUGCAUUCGUGCUUGACGACAUGCUAGACGAUGCCAUCGAGACUCUCUGCUCGUCACUCGACAUUUCUCGAGUAGAGAGAUGGACAUUGUGA